AAAAUUGAUCAAAAAUUGAUUGAUUUGCGUUGAAAAUUCACAUUUCGCAUACAAAAUGAAUGCGAUCCACCAAUUUGGAUUAUUAUUUUUCUUCAUCAUCAUUUCAACAAUUUCAAUCGAAAAAAUUCGUGCUCAACAAAAUGAUGUUGAACAAGAUUUUGUUCCAUUGUUUCUGGAAGUGUUAAAUCGUACCUAUAUCGAACCAGUAACUAUUGAUCAUGAAUUAAAAUCAAUGUUAUUCGAUCCGGAAUUUAUUGUCCAUUGUUAUGAUGAUACAUUUGAUGGUCAACAAAUGAAUCUUUAUACAAUGCCGCAUCGACAAAUUGUCGAAAAUUAUUUUACUUCGUCAGAAGUUCGUCCCAUGAUUCAAAAAUCUGGAUUAAUGGCCACGAUGCAACAAACAGAAGAACGUAUUGAUAUUACAUUAACAAAUUUGAAUCAAUUAAUGUCAAUAAUUAAUGAGUGUCUAAAGUUGGAACAACCAGAAAAACGUUCACGUGUUGGCAUUACGACAUUGACACAUUUGAGCAGAGAAGAAUAUCUAGAACGGUUAAAUCCAGAUAUUUUGAAACAUAUUAGCGAACCACAACCGCCUAAAGAUAUACUGACAUUACCUCAAAGUAAUUGUGGUGACAUUUUCAACCCUAAUUUGCCCAUCUCAUUCGAUUGGGCAGCAAAAGGAAUGGUCACCUCGGUCAAAGAUCAAGGAUAUUGUAAUAGUUGUACAAUAUUUGCACUGAUGGCUUCAAUCGAAUCUCAAUAUCUUUUGCUAAGUGAAGGACAAGUGGCUGCAAAAGAUGUUGAUUUUAGUGAACAAGCCAUUAUAGAUUGUAUAGAAGAGGAUGUAUGUGAAAGAGGAAGUCAAGUAAAAACAGUUUGGAAACAAUUAUCGCGUGUUGGUCUGAUUGAUGAAUCAUCGUCACCAUAUUAUGGAAGGAAACUACCAAGUUGUGUUUAUCAUGCAUUCAGUGAACAUAAUGUAACAUUAGCACACAUUUGUGCACGUACUGGCAAUAUGGAAGCAACAAUCAUGUCUGCCGUUUAUGAUUAUGGACCAAUAAUGGCAGUGAUUGAUGCUGGCGAUGAAUUAUUUCAAUAUAAUCGUGGUCCAAAUAAUUGGCGUUGUGGUGAUAAAACAUAUAAUCAUGCCAUACUGAUAACCGGAUGGACUAAUGACCAUUUCAUUAUCAAAAAUAGUUGGGGAACCGGAUGGGGAUUGAAUGGUUAUCUUUAUUUGCCUAGAUAUAUGAAUGCAUGUAACAUUGAACUAUAUAUGGUUAUUCCAUUUGUUAAAAGAAAACCACCACCAAGACGAAGAAAUUAGAUGAUACUGAAAUUCAUUGAAAUGAAACGAAACAAGAAGAAAAUAUGCUAAUGUUUUGUGAAUGGCGGGUAUUUGAUAUUUAUCAAAUAAAUUAACCUUUUCAUUUUAUUUUUUAAAAACAAAAAAAAAUUGA